CAUAUUGCAAUAAGUUCGAUAUGGCUGCGAGCUUACGUUUUGGUGUUAAUUUAUUAAAAAUUAACAGAAAUUCUCUGCAAAGUGUUUGUCGAAUUGCCGACAGCUAUGGAACUCAAAUGCAGCCAAGUAGUGGCUAUUGCACCCAGGUGACAAUUAAAGCCGCACCAUUGGCUGUAAAAAAACAAAAAGUAAGUAAAGCUAUGAAGGCCUAUUUGGAACGGGCGCGGGAGCACGAUGAAUUUAUGAAAACCCAAAAACUAGAGUACCAAAUUGGGAAACGGCAUUUAGCGAAUAUGAUGGGAGAAGAUCCAGAAACGUUUACGCAAGAGGAUAUCGAUAAUGCCAUCGAAUACUUAUUUCCCUCGGGUUUGUUUGACAAACGCGCGCGCCCGCUAAUGAAAAGUCCCGAAGAGGUGUUUCCAAUGCGUAAAGCUGCGGAAUUUGAUGAGACUGGUCGGCCAUUCCACAGUAUGUUCUAUACAGGACGACCAAAUUUCUUUAAGUUAUUAUACGAAAUUGUCGAAGAGGUGAACAAAUUAAAUGACCUCGAAGAGCGCAUGUUGCGUCGCGGCACACGCGCUGAUCCAAAUCAGAAAGUUGACUUCACCGGCUUCGAGUGGUUGCCCAAGGAUCAACUUGAAAAAAUAUUAGUCGAACAGAUUAAUGACUUAGAGUAUAUAAAUUUCACAAAUGCCAUGGAUCGCUUAGUAUCGCUGCCGUUUUCAUAUAAAAGCCGUGAUUUUAUAAACAAAUUCGCUAAGCCACUGAUGGAUCAAACAAAUCAAUUAGAAAUACCUAAACCAAAAUUCGAUACAGAUGGUCGUCAAUUUGUUACCACAUAUGAGUGUUUACGUAAGACUGCUCGUGGCGAUGUCACUGUACGCCUGCCUGGUUCAGGAAAAAUUACAAUUAAUGGCCAAGAUAUAACAUAUUUCGAAGAAUUACAGAGUCGAGAGCAGGUGUUAUUCCCCCUCAUUUUCACCGAAAUGCUGGGCAAAGUCGAUAUCGAGGCUAACGUGGAGGGCGGUGGUUCAUCUGGACAAGCAGGCGCCAUUCGCUGGGGUAUAGCGAUGAGUUUGCGUAGUUUCGUUGAUCAGGAAAUGAUCGAAUCGAUGCGCUUAGCCGGUCUGCUGCAACGUGACUAUCGUCGUCGCGAACGCAAGAAGUUUGGACAAGAAGGUGCACGUCGCAAGUACACAUGGAAGAAGCGUUAAAGUUUUUCAAUUUUCUGUAUUAAAAAAAACAACAACUUUAUAAGCAUAAAAUCUAAUGUUAUUCGUAUUGUUAUUCUAAAUCGAGUUUGUAUUUGCCAGUCACUUUUGUUGUACAAAUUUUGUAGCGCAAACACGGAAAUAUAUAUUUACAUAGAUACGAGCAAAAAAUAAA